AUGGCGCGCCGGCCAGCCGCUGCGGUUCUGCUCCUGGCCAUGGCGGUGUGGUUUGCACCGAGGUGCUGGGCGCCUUCGGGACGAGAUGGCCAGCAGGGCUCGGCUCCGGGUCGGCGGGCGUUGUUGCUCUCCUUGGGUGCGGCUCAGCCUGCGAUGGCGGAGGAAGCUGCAAACAAGUUCAACCUUCGGACCACGGACACGCCAACUGGCGACCCCUACCUUAACACAGUCCAGAGUCGACAGGGAGAUUUCAGCAUCCAGCUGCCGGUGAAUUGGCAGACUGAGUUCAACGACUAUGCCGGGCGGCUGAUAGUCAGCAUGACGCCCGUGGACAUGGAGGCGCUUCGUGCCGGCCAGGACCCCGACCUGACGGCUGUGCGCUGUGCCCGGCUGCCCCUGCCGGCCUUGCUGCGCAGCGCCAAGUUCAUGCCACGUGAGGGGGACGACCAGCGCAGCGACUGGAAGGAAGUGGCCCUUGGUGGCGUGACCGGCGCAAACAUUGCCGAGUGGAUGAUGCGAGCCGGCCAAGAGGCGCAGAUGGCGCAGGCGGGCUUGCAGAUGCCAGAGAUCAACAUCAGCGUGGUCGAUUACGCAAUCAGCGAUGGACCCGGUGGGAGCACGGUUCUUUCCUGGCACGCUGUGAGCGAGCUCCAGUUCACCCGCCCGGAAGCGGCGGCAGACCCCAAUGAGCAAGUGCAAGGCCUGGGAGGCAAAUCGCUGGUGCCUCUGUCAGAAGCCAUCGGACGCGCGCCGGGCCCCGCGAACGGUCAGGACUCGCCUCCUCAAGGCACCACUGGCAAAGCUAUCCUGCGCAAGGGCAUCGUCACCUUUGCGCUGGCCUUGUCGCCGGCAGAUCACAUCCAGGCAUCCUACAAGGGUCCGCUCGGCAAGCAGUACUUGGACUACAUCGUGAACAGCUUGAAGCUGACGGCCUGA